GGUGCUGAAGCUGCGCGUGCCUCGGAGGCUGCUACCAUAGAAAUCCACUCGAGCAUCCUUCCGCGAGAGGACCAGCGCGAGGAAUCAGAAUCAGGGGUGUUUUGUCGACGGGUUGGGAGAUUUCAGGAUGUUUGUGCCAGCUGUUCUAGCCUUAUUCGUGUCUUUAUAGCCGCAAACGUCCUUUAAAUUUGUUUUAUUCUUCAAGCACAAGCCGGAGACGUUUGUGAAGCAGUUUUCUGAGGCUGUGUGUCGAGGCUCGUCGUGUCUCCGGUGCCGCCGCCUGCCCCGCCGUCUCUGCCGCUCCAUCCCGCAUCCUUUAUGCACAGCACGCUGCUCCGGUCCUCUCCAGCGAAACACACCUUCGUGUCCGAGCACCAUGGCCCGCUGCCGCCGCUCUCACUGAGAGACAUGGAAGCCAAGCAACACCCGAUAAAGAGCCUCAAAAGCUACCCGGAAACCGGCGGCCGGAGCCUGGCAGCGGCCGCCGGAGGAGACGGAGGAGGAGGCGGCGGGUACCGAGCCGGCUCCGCUGAAAUGGAGAUGGAGGCGAAGAUCCAGAAAGCCAUCGACUUCAAGGCGGAGGGGCACCGCUGCUACAAGGAGAAGAAAUUUCGGGAGGCGAUCGGCAAGUACCACCGGGCGCUGCUGCAACUCAAAGGGGUGCAUGUUGUCGACGGGACGACGGGCUCCGAGGUCAACCUGCUGAACCAAGCCGCCGCCAAGCUGACCGAGGAGCAGCGGAGAGCCGUGGAGAGCACCGAGAUCGAGUGCUACGACAGCCUGACAGCAUGUCUGUUGCAAUCAGAGCUGGUAAACUAUGAGAGGGUGAAGGAGUACUGUCUGAAGGUGCUGAGCCACCAGAGAGACCACUUCAAGGCCAUGUACCGAGCCGGCAUCGCCUUCUAUCACCUGGGUGACUACGAAUGUGCCCUACGCUACCUGCGUGACGCCAAGAACCGUGAACCCACAGACACCAACGUGCUGCGGUACAUCCAGCUGACAGAGAUGAAAAUGAGCAAGAGUGGUCAGCGGGAACGAGAGAGCGGCAAAGAGACCCAGGGCUAACCCCUCGACCUUUCCACCCUCCUGACCCCUCAGCCUUUGACCCCGUACCGACCCUCCCUCUGUCCUCCUCUAUCGACCCCUGACAGCAGCACAGCCCACAGACAGAAGAGACAGACCCAAUCACCCGCCAGUGAUGGAUAAAAACGGGAGACAUAUCAAGCUCUGUCUGCAACCCGACCUCCUUUUCCUCCUCUUCCCUCUUCUUCUCCCAUUUUUCUCCCUCAGGUGCUGUGGUUCCUCUCCCCAGACGCAGACAGUUGAGCAAACCUUAAAAAAAAAAUCAACAAAAAAUGCUGUAUUAUACUCAUACGAAAGUCAUCGUGGUGGAAUGAAAAAGGAGCUUCAAAACAUACAUAUGAAUAAUGGACAUUUGCGUGAUUAAGUAAAUGUUUUAAAGACAUAAAAUGAAUUUUGUUUCUGCUCUCUUGCUCUCUCUUUUUCUCUCUGCCUUCUCUCUGUCCGUCUUGUUUCAAAUUCUUGAGGACACCAUCGGGGUUGGGAAGCGCGACCACACCGGGAGGAGGGCAGGAGUGUGUGUGAACAUAAGCAGGGGAUAGUGAGGGGGUGUGUGUGACACAUAUCAAGACCAUAGCCCAAUUUGAUUGUACAUCCUACCCCGACAGGGCUCACUCAGGCCCCUUUACGCAGACUAUGGGACAGACUAGCACGGGAAAUCCUUCAUCGAGUAGAGAGAACGCCUGCCUCUGUGCUUAAUCUAUCGCUCUACUGUCUCACUUUUCUUUCUUGGAUGCCAUGUAUCUCAGUUUCUGGACUGUUUUUUCAAUUCAAGGGCUAAUUCAAGUGUUUGUAAGCCGUUACUUGGGUUUUUUAAUUUGCUUUUGUGUUGAUCAUACUCAGUGGUAGUUAAUUAAGAGCAUCUGUGUCUCCAGCGGUUCCUGCUGUCAUCAGGCGUGCUAUUGUGGAAACUGGUGUCUUGAAUCUGUUGUCCGAAGCCCCUCCUGGGUCGUGUGUCGUUGUUGAGACUGUCGAAAGCCCCUCCCUCCCUUCCCCUCCCCCCGCCUCCCCUCUGUUCUCCCCGUUAAUGAUGUCACAAGGGAAAAUAGCCAAUGGGAUCGGAGUUCCAUCAACCGCCGUUGGCUGGAUGGAAAUCCACUUUAAAGUUUCACAGCGAGACAAACACUUUAAAAAUUUCUAAACAGAGGUCCAACCUUUUAUCACUAAUGCUGAAGCUUCCCAGACAUCGAUAACACACCGAGGAGACUCUGGGCAGCGUUAGUGCAGGGAAAACAAUCACAAACACACACACAUCUGUCCUGACAGUCCAGACCGCCAUCUUGGAGCACUCAGCUUUAGUGCACUUCAACAAGAGUGAGCCAUUUGAGAUUUCUUCCUCUUUUAAUUUGCUGAUAGAUUAAAAAAUGGUUCCAAACAUGGAGCUGUAAGGACAGAUAACACAGAGCAUUAGCAUUCGACAACACUACUGAUGAUAUGGUUUGUGGAUAUCCAUGGUUAGCUGUCGAAAAAAACACAAAUAAUUUGCUUCUCUUGUGACUUGUGAAACCGAAUCAUUAAUAAUGCAAAUAUUGCUUUUAUGAUAGCUUUGCCACAGGCUUAAAUCUGCCUGCCCUGUUCUGCAGAAGGUUGGAUUGACGAUAUGUGAAAGCAUGACCUUCCCCUUCUCUCUGAUGCCAUGAAAACCCAAUCUCCUCUCCCCUGUGUGCAAGCCCACCUCCUGCAUGUAACGUGCGGCUCCAGAGAGUUACUCCAGAUGUAUGGGAUAGGAUUUAUAUCUGCUGUAUUGCUUUCUGUCAUGGCAUGCUGCCACUCUGUUCUCUCAUACCUCUAUUUUAUCCAUUCUGCCCUUUAUAAACACAGACAGUGGCGACAGACUGUGAUCACAGCAGUAGAAUAGAUAUCAAAUCAAUCUGAAAAAAAAAGUCUUUAAUAAAUCAGGGUCACCUUCUGCCUCAGCCAAGGUGAAAGAUAAGAGGUAAUUCCACCGCUUAACAUAUUCAAAAAAGAUGUGGAAGAAGAAGUCAAAGAAAGUUUCUGUAAAAGAUUUCCCCUCCCCAUUUUUCUCAGUGACCUGCUAGGAGGUAAAUAGGGACCUAAGUGUGUCAAUGGGACUCUGGAGAGACGGCACCAUGCGUUGAGGGGACCGGCAUGAUACAGAGGGGCUCCAGUGGAGGGAGAAGUAGGCCAUCAUCAGCCCCAGUAAAGCAGCUGCAGCUCUGAGUCACUCCGGCAGCAGAGACACGAGAUUACAAACAGAAAAGUUUAGAGCUGUGUAUACGGCUGAAAGUAUGUGGACCCCUGAGCAUCAAACCCAUAUAUGAUGGCUCUACAUCUCAUACUAAAGCCUCAGGUAUUAAUCUGCUACUGUAACAAUGUCCACUGUUCUGAAUCACUAUAAAGUGCAAACACCUCACGCUCUGAUUUCAGACAUUCAGAUCAUUUUUAUGGAGGUUGCUCAGUGGCGCACAAAGACAAAAACGAUCAACUGCCGCAUAUAAAAUUACCACGAUGAUCGGUGCUGCUUCAUUGGUCCCUCAUCAUCAUCUGGCCCAUAGAGCAAGCACACUUGGGACUUCCACCAGCUCAGCUGACUACUUCCGGUUUAGCGUUCCUAUAACUUAAAUUGGAGUCAUUUCACAGCGGUUGUAAUGCUGAAAAAAAUUAUCCACUGGUUUACAGAUGUCUCUUUUACUAUGUAAGUUUAUUGGAAAAAAAAUAUUUUUUGGCCCAGUGGCAUCAGGUGACAGGCUUGGACGUUGUCAUUCCAUAUUUGGCCACUGUGAAAUUUGGCUUCAGAGCCUGGCACUCUUCCUGGUGGACUGGUCCAAAGCAGUACAUUGCUUAGCUUCUGUGCUGGUACAGUAGAUUUGGUUUACCAAAGACACUAGCAAAGCUACACAGUACGUAAAAUAAGCACAGCAGGAACUUCAGAUUGGUCCAGCCACCCAGUUUAACUAUAUAUCAUUAAACAUUACAAAAUGACAACAGAAAUCAUCCAGUUUAGUGAAUUCACAUAUCUGCACAAUUGAAAUCAGUUGCCAGUUGACUGUAUUCCUGGUCUUGAUAGCUGUGUUGCAGGAACAUGAUGACUUAAAGGAAAAGUUUGACAUUUUGGGUAAAAAUGCUUAGAAAAAGCUACAGCCAGCAGCUGCUUAGCUUAGCUUAGCUUAGCACAAAGACCAGAAACAGGGAAACAUCUAAUCUAACUUUGUCUAAAAACUCCACCUUCCCACCUCUUUUGUGCUCACUAAUUAACACAGUAAUUGUUUGAGUAAUCUGUGCUAAAAUUGACAGAAAGCAAAACAAAUCUCCCAAAAUAUUGAACUACACCUUUAAGUUAUCUAACAGUUCUCAUACAGUUCUUAAAUAUCAUACACAAGAUAGCGUGUCAAGAACACUGAGACAUAAACAUCUGAUCCUCCAGCUCUGGGGUUGAGGCUCUGGUAUCCCAGAGGAAAUAUAUCAACAAACAACAGUGAGGAACAGCACCUGCAGGCUCAGUCUCCAUGGCUGCCUGGGCUGAGUCUACUCACCCAUGGGCCCCUCAGGGAUAGGUCUCCUCCCGUGGUCCUCUCUCCAUGGCACCAGUCGCCAUCUUGUUUUUGUCUGGCUGUGCUAAGUCAUUCUAGCUCAACGUGUGCUACGACCGUCUAGGGACAACUAGCUGCACAUAAAACAGGUUCAUUUCUGGCUGAUCAGUUCUUGAUUAAUGGCAGAGCUGACUCCGAGGCUGUUAUUGUGAGCAUAAUCUGUGCAAAUAGAGAUAGAGACACCCGAUCUCUGCAUAAGUGUAGCUUUGAAAACAAACAACAAAAAGCACAACGGAAAAAAAAAGAGACGGAAAAGUCAAACUACUGGCUGUGUUAUUUUUGCUCUUUGCUUUAAUGUCAUUUGAGGUAAAUGUUUGUCAAAUGUCAGAGUAGUUUUUGUGAAUAUAUGAUACAAAUGUACAAAAAAAUAACAAAAGUGGAAAGUUUUAUGGUUGUGAAGAGCUUUACUUUACUGAAUUACUUUAUCAGCGGAAAAGAAAAGCAAGAGAUAGAAAAGAGAAUUUUACUCUAGCUCCUCCACAGAGCUGCUUCGUGACUGUGUCUGUAUUUGUUGGUAUUUCUGUUGAUGUCCCUUUUCGUCAAGGGAUCCAGAACCGGCUCAGAGUAUGUGCAAUGCCCUUUGACUCCCCCGUCUGAGUGACCUUUGACUCUUCUGUUUCCGCACAGUAAAACAACCAGUAAAGCAGGAGUGAACUCUGAGCACAGAGCCGCUCCUCACAGCCACACAUCUCCCCCUGGUUUGUUUCUGUGGCGAUGGAGGGGGAAAGAAAGGACUUGAAGCUGGGGACGUCAAGGCUAUGACUGCGUUUUUGUUCCGCCUCGCUCCCAAGAGGCCUUUUUGCAUUCGACAUCCAAACAUCACAGGCCUCCAUCACUGGUUUUACUGAACUGCUAGCCCGGGAAUGCACUAUUGAUUGGUAAAUGAAGAUUAUGAAUAAAGUUUCAA